AGCCCUCUCAUUUAAAAAAGAAAAGAAAACAAAACAAUUUUAAAAAGCCAUUUUGACCCCGGGUCUCCGUGGAGUAUCUACUCCUCACGUGGCACAGGCCUGGCCAAGAAAACAAAUGCGAGCUCUGAGCGUGCGUUUGGGGAGGAGUGGCGGGAAGGGACUCCGAAUCAUAGGAUGCUGGCCUCCUAGGCCCCGGCUUUUCCCUUUCCCCAGGACGACCGACCCGGCCCGACUUGCCCCGGAAGAGCUUUGGGAAAGGUUGAACUUCCUUAGCAACUGACGGGAGCGCGGCUAGCAACGCGUUGCUGGUACGUUUCCCUUGAGGGCGGCAGCCGAAGAUGCCGCCCCUGCAAAUACGGGACUACAACUGGCAGCAGACCGAGUCCGUCGUGUACCUCUCUUUGCCACUCCGAGGCGUCCGGCCUGGGAACGCCGACAUCUUCUGCACGGAAAAUUACCUCAAGGUCAAUUAUCCUCCAUUUUUAUUUGAAGCAUUUCUCUGUGCUCCCAUAGAUGAUAUUAACAGCAAAGCCAAAAUUGGGAAUGAUACCAUUGUUUUCACAUUGUUUAAAAAAGAAAUUGGAAUGUGGGAGGCUCUUUCUUUGGCAAAUGUUGACAAAGAGAUGAUGCAAAGAAUAAGAGAAAAAUCUGUUUUACAAGCACAAACAAAAGCAAAAGAACUGACUGAAGCAAAAGCUGUUGCAAAACGAGAAGAUGAAAGAUAUGCUUUGAAGAUAAUGAUGGAGAUUGAAGAAAAUGAGCGGAAAAAAAUUGAAGAUUUAAAAGAAAAUGAGAGGGGGAAAGCAACUAGGGAAUUGGAGGCUUGGAAGGAACAGCAAAAAAAUUCUGCUGCUGACGAAGAAAAGAUACAAAGAGAAGUAAAAAUGUGUCAACAAAAGAAGCAAAUAGAAAAAGAGAGAAAGAAAUCAAAAGAUAAAAAGGCAAUUUGCCAUAUAAAAAGUAUGAAGUCUAAAAAUACUACAAAAGGAAACAGUGCAAGAACUAUAUUUUCUGAGACGUUAAAAGAUGAUUGUGUUCCUGCUCCUCGAUCCAUUGGCAAUAUUAAAAUCCAGUUUACCCCUCGAGUUUUCCCAACUGCUCUCAGAGAAUCUCAAGUAGCAGAAGAAGAAGAGUGGUUACAGAAACAGGCAGAGGCACGAAGAAUAAUGAAUGAAGAUAUUCCUGAACUCCAUGAUUUAAAAGAAGAGGAAAAGAAUCCAGAGUGGUUGAAGGACAAAGGAAACAAAUUGUUUGGAAGAGAAAACUACCUGGCAGCUAUUAAUGCUUAUAACUUGGCAAUUCGAUUAAACAACAAGAUUCCAUCUUUGUAUCUGAAUCGUGCUGCUUGUCACCUCAAACUUAAAAACCUACACAAGACAAUUGAGGAUUCUUCCAAGGCCCUGGAAUUACUUACACCACAAGUUGCAGACAAUGCAAGUGCAAGAAUGAAAGCUCAUGUGCGGCGUGGAACAGCAUUCUGCCAACUAGAAUUAUAUGUAGAAGGUUUACAGGAUUAUGAAGCGGCACUUAAGAUCGACCCAUCCAACAAAACUGUACGAAAAGAUGCUGAGAAGAUUCGGAAUAUAAUCCAAGGAACUGAACUAGAAUAAUAAUGAACACUACAAGCAGCUAGAUAUUGUCUUGUGUUGAUAAUAAGGAGGUGAAGGCAUUCAUAUCCUUUUUCUGUAUUCUAGUUCAUAUUGCCAAAUGACUUAAUGUUUAUUGUUUCUACAAUUUUUGUAGAAGCCAAAAUAUUAUAAAGUUGUAGGAAACAAGCUAUCCAGGUUGGACAAGUUUUGAGUAAAUAAAUCAAAGUAAGAAAUGAUACAUUUUAAUUCUUUACUUUUAAAGUAUUUAUAAGUUUAUCUUAUUUUCCUUGUUAAAGCUUGCCCAAGUAACUAAACAUGUGUUUGGUGUUUAAUAUUAGGGUGUUGGUUUCAUUUUGACCAGAGAUCUAUUUUUUACAAUACCUAGUUUGUAAUGUUUUCAUUUAAAUUGUGUUUUACCAAUAAAGCAACUGAGUUAUUAAGUCAGAUAAGUAGUUAUUUUUGCAUGUAAUGCAUAUAUUUUAAUUUAUUUAUCCUAAUACACAGAAUAUCCCCUAGGUUUU